ACAACCAACCACAGACAACCGACCACCAACCUCGAAGAUAGAUGCGAAUAGACAAGCAUGGAGCAGCAAGGAGCAAAAACCACAGUCAAUAUUGUCUUGGGUGGAUUCGGGGAGAUCGCCACGAAGGCCCACUUGCCUGCCAUUCAGCGUUCAGACAACAACUUCCGCUUGGUGGCCAUUGUCGACCCGAACAGAGAUGCUGCUUUGGAGAGGCUCUCUCAUUUCUCGCUGUCAGAAGAGGAUAUCGGGGUCUACCAAUCCCUAUCAAGUUGUCUACAAGACUGCAACCAUUAUGAUAUAGAUGCCGUCGCUGUUUGUACGCCGUCAACAGUGACGCUGGAUUUGGCUUUGGUAGCGAUUCGUGCUGGGAAGCAUGUGUUGGUGGAAAAGCCUCCUGGGGAUUGGAGGCGCCUCCGAGAGAUUAAGCAAAUGGCGGAAGGACAACAACUUGCAUUCUUUACGGCGUAUCAUACAGCGGCAUGUGUGGGGUAUCCUCUGGCCAAAUCGUGGCUUAACAAGAAUCUUGACUCGUUGCAGAAGGUACAUGUCACCUGGAAGGAAAGUGUAAAAAAAUGGCAUCCUGGACAGAUUUGGGUCACCCGAAAAGGCACCUCUGCGGUUCAAGGGUGCGAUGGUGUAUUGGACAUUGUUUUCAAUCCGCUUUCCCUCUUGUAUGCAUUGCUGGGACCAUUGACAUAUCAGGAAUCAAAUUUGGAAGUACCCAAGAAUUGGGAGACUCCCAUCGCUGGGUCCUUUAAUUUGAUCGCUGCCAACAAUGACAAAGGCAUACCUGUGACGGGAGAUUUUGCUUGGAAUUACGAACCAGCAAGUGGUGCCGGUCCUGGAGAAAUUUGGACCAUUGACUUUGAAAGCUCCAAUAGUUCUGUUAUGAGCCUACAGGAUGGAGGCAACCAAGAAUACGUUGACAGUGAGCGAGUGACCUCUGAGCCCACAGCACCUUAUCCUUUGAAACCAGAGUACGAAAAUAUCUACAGGACCUUUGCGAAUUUGAUUGAAACGAGUACUAGCUCUGUGGAUGACACGACACCAAAGCUGCUCGAAGAAAUCCAAGGCAACGCCGAGAUACGUUCGGGUCCGCCGUAUGAGCUCUAGCAAAACCAAUCAAUAGCUGGAUGCCCUCCCUGAUUUCUACAAUUCACUGCGGUCAAUACCAUUUCAAAUCAAUACGCAUGCUAGCUUUAUCUGAUUAGUCGUACUGUA